ACAUUACAUCAUUCUCUAUCUCUCCUAAUUAUCUGUAGUCGUCUGUUGUCUGGAGAGUCGGUCCAGGAAUCCUGUCAGUUCAUUGAAGAUGUUCUACUUCAAGAUUUCCCUCCCGAAGUCUUUCUUCAGCGAUCAGCACUGCUUCGAGUGUUGCUCUCUCUGUGGACACUCGGCGAGGCACCGUGCCAACCGACUCGUCCAGUGUCUGUCGCUGUCUCACUAGACUCAACUCUCAACUAGUCUCCAGAACAGUCCUCCUGGAAGUGGCCUCAGCCGAUCUCUUCACUGUCAAAGAUAUACAUGUGAGCACAUGUACCCAGAAGGGACUGACUGUGGCGACAGCCGAACUGACCAAUCAGAUUCAGCAGAGGGAGUCACAUGACCUGGAGCGGCUGACCCAGGAGAUGCUGGUUCAUCUCAAGUCGUCUGAAAUGACCCUCACUGGCUACGUCUCUCGCGUGGUGGGACUGUCAACAGACCUUCUCACCAGUCUGCUGAGCAAGGCGGGGGUGGCGAGGGAGGGAGAGGUUAGGAGUGAGGCAACCUCUGGGAUUACCACAACUCUGCAACUGUUGGUGUCUGCCGUGGAGCUCCUUGAGGCAUAUGAAAAGUGUGGAGCGAGAGAAACAGAAGGAGAGGAAGAGAGAGAAACAAGCAGUCGAGAGCCUCUGCUUGGCAAUCUCUCACUCUCUGGCCCUCUGGAGACACAUCUCUAAUAAGAGCACACCAGACCACGCCCACGACUCCGCCCACCACCAGCUGGCGUGUGUCCGUGUGUGCGUUUCCCUGGCGUGCUGCCUCCAGAGAACUCUAGCCUCUACCCCAGCCGGUCUUGCCUCUCUCCCCUCUUCCCUGGCGAUUCUGAAAGACUUGGUAAUGGACGGGGUUGUAAUGGUGGCAGCUCCUCAGCUUCAUGGCUGGUUGUCCGUCUGUCUGGAGAGUAUUGAUCCGACCUCUCACCAGAUUUUGGAAGCAGUCGAGGAGUUAUUCAAGGCAUUUAAGAACAUGUCUUGUUGUCUGAAGAGUGUGAUUCGGAACCAGAAGCCACACCCACCUCGUUAUCACCUCGGAAGGAGGUGGAGCUUGCAACGGCCGCUCUGCCCUGUCUUCACGUCUUCUGUAACUCUGAGUUUGUCGGGAGAGAGAUCAGGCUGUGUGUGUCGUUGUAAACUGAAAGACGAGAAGAAUCAGGCAGACUGGAGCACCGCAAGCUGUCUCCUCCUGCGGCUGUUGGCUCACGACUCAGCCGCUGUCCAGACCACAGCUUACACCACCUUCACCGUCAGUCUCACAACAUGUACACAUACUCAGCAGCCUCAUGACUCCGCCCCUCGCACGUAUAUUUUUCUCUCUCAUUAU